AUGUCCCCGCGACGCAGCUCGGGCGGAAGCUCGAGUAGCUACAGCAGCUACUAUAGCAGCAACCCGUGGUCUGAAGAGACCGAGUUCUCCUUGAGCCUGCUAAGAUCCAAGACUCUCUUCAUUGCGGGCUUUGCGUUUGACGUCCUCACCAUUCUCUCUCUGAUCGCCUUCCUCAUCUGGGCCUGCCUUGUCCACAAUGGAAGAGGCCAGUUGAAGGGCGUUCUGCCUGCUCUGCUCGCAUACUUGGCAUCAAUGCUCACGAUUCUGGUUUACGAGAUCUUUUUCUUUGCAAAUGCCACAGUUCAAAUGUACUAUCUCAUCGACCUGAUGCUGAACGAGUUCUUCUAUCUGCUCGCAGGCUGUCUCAUCUUCUUCGUCUUCUACCACCUCAUCCAUAGCGCUUUGGAUCGUCUUACCGAUGCCGGCAAGCCAUACGCCAUCGUGGCAAUCAUCCACUGGGUCAUUCUUGGUCUGGUGUCCGUUGUCUCGCUCGCGACUUUCGGUUUGUACGUUGGAUUCCAGGUGCAGAAUGUCCAGAACUAUUACUAUUCGAAACUUUCCAAGCCAUACAACAACCUGGAAGCUGCGCGCGCUAUCAUAUGGUGGCUUCUCUCGCUGGAGAUUGUUGCUUGGUUCAUUUUCAUUGUUGUCAAGGCAUCGCAUCGCUUUGCCUCCAAGCUCCCCAUUUUCUCCCUCCUCGGUGGCAGCAUCGCCUGGAUGGCGCUGAACCUGAUGUUCGCCGUCGUCUACAUCCGCUACUCCCUCGAAGACUUUAUCCAGCCCACCUAUCUUUCCUGCGUCCAAUCCGUCCUCCAAUUCUUCUUUAUCGUGGGCACUUUCGUGGGCAUCCUCCUUGCCUGCGCGAAAUGGCGCAGCGUCGACGAUCGCGAAGACAAGAAUAUGGUGGCGCAGUACCCCUACGGCCCGGGCCAGUAUCAGAGCUACCAGGCCUACCAGCAACAAAACCAGGCACAGUACCCGCAACAGUAUUACCAGCAACCGUAUCCCCAGCCCGCUCAGAAGGCGUAUCCCCAGCCUGAGCAGAUGCGAUCGGAGAAUUAG